AUGGGUCGUUCGCGUGUCCGCUCGUUUAUAUCCAGCUUUGGGGGGUCAAGGAACAAUGGUUCAAAUAAAGAAAGCAGAAAGUCGUCGAGCAACGUUACGCCAGUGGCCAACGUGACUCCGUCCGAUACACCCCAGUGGCAAACCACUCCGCCCGAUACACCAUCUCCUCCGACCGAAUUAUCCCCUGUAAGCUCCGGGCCAAGAGGUGGAACUAGCUCGCGACCGGCAUCCAUGAUUGUCUCACGAAACCCGCCUCUCAUGCAGCAGGCGGGCGAUACCCCGCCGGAAUUGUCGCCAAUAUUUUCAUUCCUCAACAUCCACACAAAUAAGGUCUAUCAUGAAGGUUACUUUUUGAAACUGAAUGAUCUGGAUUCUCACGGACGGCCUUGUGGUGAUCGGCAAUGGGUGGAAUGCUACGCACAGCUGGUCGGAACUGUUCUUUCACUAUGGGAUGGCGCUGCGCUGGACGCAGCAGGUGGUGAAGAGGUCCCGGCGACCUUUAUCAAUUUGGCCGAUGCGUCUAUUAAGAUGCUUGAGACUCUUCCGAUCCAAAAUGGAGCUACAGCACCAUUGAAGAACGUACUCAGCGUUUCGUCCGCGGGCAAGAAUCGUUACCUCUUGCAUUUCAAUUCUUUCAACUCACUGACCCAAUGGACUGCGGCAAUUCGUCUCUCCAUGUUCGAACACACAUCUUUGUAUGAAGCUUACACCGGUUCAUUGAUCGCAGCGAAAGGAAGAACUCUCAACGGAAUCAACUCCAUCCUAGCACCCACCAAGUUCAAGUACGAAGAUUGGGCGCGUGUGCGAUUUGGAGCAGGGACUCCGUGGAGACGAUGCUGGUUUGUGAUCAACCCUCCAGACGAAAAAGAGCUGCAAAAAGCGCGGAAAGUAUUGAAGAAAUCGGCAUAUGACCGCUUGUCAAUUCCAGUUACCGGAAACAUCAAGUUUUACGAGACAAAGAAGACCAAAAAGGCGAUUCCCAUUGCAACAGUUACUCAGGUUUACUCGGCAUAUGCGAUUUAUCCACAAUCCAAGGCUCUAAUUGAUGCAUCCACCCUAGUAAAGUUAGAAGGACGGAUUACCACUCACGCGCCUGAGUCUUCCUCGGAGGGUCUUGUUUUUAUUAUGCCUGAGCCGCAUGCUGCGAUUUCUGGAUUUGAGAUGAUGCUGCGCUUCCUUUUCCCGACAUUCGACGCUUUCAAUCUCUACGGCCGCCCUACUCGCCUGGUGGCAGACACUAAUCACAUCAAGAGCAUCAUGUUUGCCUUCCCUAAGGAGCGACGCUACGGCUAUCUUGAUAUACUGGACAUUGCCAGUCUUCUUCAAACCCCGGGAAGCCAAGAAUGGAGCGAAGCUCAGUGGAGAAAACAGCUUAAAGAGGCAACACAGCGUCGAAUUUCAUCUGGCAGGAGCAGAACCAAUAGUGUCAACAGCGUAAGACCUCGUUAUCGCUCGAUGUCUGGUCGAAACAGCGAUGUCCCUAUGGACUCUGCUCGCCGCCAGUUCGCUGGUCUUGAGAACAAGGCUGAAUUUAGUAAUUCUACUGAGGCUAUUAUUCAUGAGGUUCCCCAAGGUGAGGGCUCCCCCAUUGUGUAUCACAACCGCGGGAUUUCCGAUACCACGGGCUUCAAUGCUGGCUCUCGGCUAGGCAAUGGACCUCUGGAUGAGAGCUCACCUGACUCAUCUUCUCAUGAUCUGGUGCACCGUGGUGUUCCGGCGGUCGCUCCUAUCGCUGAGAGUACCAGCUCCGAAAGCGACCCAAAUCUCGACCAUUUCAAUGGCCCGCCAGUCGGCGAGCAGCUUCCUCCACGCACACCACCGGCUCCUGUUGCGAACCCACCUGGAUUUUCGCAUGGACCUAAAGAGAUGCCUACCAACCGGCCAGAGGCUUCUUCUGAACAGAGGCUGGCAAGCAACCGGAUGUCUCACGGAACACUUUCCCAACUCACAUCAGUCGGAACGAUGGGGCUGGGCGCGGCAGCUGCCGGAGCUGCAUGGAAAAGCCACCAGGCACAGGCUACGAACAACCAACUACCCCAGAACAAGAGCUUGGAUAGUGCCUACACCCCCGGCCCUGUUGCGUCCACAAACUCUCUUGCAACUUCAUCAAGUGACGAGGGCCUCGGUCUUGCAUUCCCGGCUCGACCUCCCCAAGUUCCGGAACAUCGCCCGAACACACCUAGUACUACCAGCAGCCCAAAGCGGUUUUCUCCCCAGCAGUCUUCCCCUCAACGGAUGCAAAUUGACGCCAACAAAUCCGUGCGACGCAAGCCACUUCCCCGGCAAACCCUUUUUGGAGCAGAGCCACCCUCACCGAGCGAACCGAGCUACGAUGAUCUUCGCCAUACCCUUGAUGAAGACGCGCUGAAUAAAAUUGCUCCUCACCUUCCGUCCCCAGUCUCAUCCACUGGAAAAAGAAACGGAAACGAGGAUGAGAGCAUUUAUGAUGAUGCAUCGACGGUUUCGCCCGACUAUGCUAGCACCCACGGUUCUGUCUACAGCAAGAAAUCCGUCGCGUCCACCAAACCCAGAAUGGGUGUCAUGAAGACCGUGGGAGUGCCAGCAGCCCAAGAUUUUGUCAUUGGCGAUGCUCGUUAUGCUGUGGAUAAAGCCCCGACCUCGAAUCCUGAUAUUCCCACGGUAGACUUCGGUCCAACUAUGACCUAUAUGCCUACCACCGGGCGCCCAACCACAUCAGACACCUUGAAGAAGUCAAUGCAUCAACGCAAUGAUUCGUCGGGAACCAAAUUCUCGGUCCCUACUCAAGCAAUCGAUCAGGCCCGGCCUUCCAGCCGGGAUGAAUUUCGACGAAGCGUGCUGUGGCAGCCUGGCAUGGCUUUCGGUCGCCCUGUCACUCCAGGUGGAGGCCUCACCCCGGAGCAGUUCGUGCAGCAACGGGCGGCACCUAGCCCCCCGAUGCAGGUCCACAAUCGCACCCCUUCCAAUCCCAUGUCAGUGCAACGCCCGGUAUCUGGCGACUGGACACAAUAUGCCCGUCCCAAUUCGCCCAUGAACACUCAGCGGGAUCCCAACUAUCGACCUUCGUCUCGCGGUGCGCAGAGUAUGCUUAGACACAACGAUGCUCCAACCAAUCUUUCCGCUCGUGAGCAGGAGCAUGUUGCCCGCAUGACUGGCUCUUCAUUCUUCAACUUGUCAAAUGACAACCGGAAACCACAGGCGCCAGUAAACCCUAUGGGUCUUGUCUCUCACAUCGAUGCGCGGGAGCGCGAGAAGCGAGACAUGAGGGAAGGCAUGUCGAACCAGGCGGUUCAGCAGGCCAUUGCGCACCGUCAGCAACACAUGAUGCAGCAACCUAUGAUGCACCCGCAACAGUACGCGCCUCAACAGUUCUCCCCACCAUUCGCGCCUCAGCAGAUGCAUCCCCAACAGGCUGGCUCUGUGUAUCCCUCUCAACAUAUCCGCCAAGAGUCCAUGUAUAACAUUCCGACUGCCAGCCAUACAUGGGAUGCCCUAAACCAGACGAUCCGGCCCGACGAACCCCGUCGAUCGUCCUGGUACGGACAGCUUUCGCAGGCUCCUCAAACACCCCCUAGCUACCAACAAAGCCAGCCUUACGGUCAUGAACAAAGGUACUACAGCUAUGCUAAAUAG